AUGGCGCUUACAGUAAAAGAGGCGAGGCUUCCGUGCUUAGCACUCCUCGGAUGCCUCCUCGCCGCCGCUCUUGCCAUUACCGUGACUGUCCAGCCGUUUUACCUAACCCAGCACGGACCGAUCGACGGUACUUAUCGAGCCUGGUACACCUCUGUCACCACCGUCGUCGCGUCCGCCUUCGCGUCGUUCGUGGCAUCGCAGAUCCGUCUGCUGUGGGUGGGCGGGUCGGACCAGCUCGACUCCUAUAUGCCGUUGCUGUUUGGACCUCCCGGGGGCGACAGACAGCAGUUCGAUCGGCUCCGCGUCGCACUGGGCGUCGGCCGCUGGCAGGAUUCGUUUCGCCAUUGGCGAAUCACCUUUUCCUUCCUCGGCACGAGCUUAAUCACGGCCGCCAUCGCCACCAGCAUCACACCGUCACUGGCGACCAGGGCGGUUGAAAACAACAUCGCUGUGUCGUCAGGGUUGCCGUAUUACCCGUGCGCGAGGGUGAUCGAGUCCGGGUCCGGCAACGGCUACAAUUGGCCACUAGCGAACGGGUCGACCAUUAACGUCGACGUUUUCGCGACAGGCUGUCCCGCCGUACAGGCCUGGGGGCUAAUAAACGGGAUUAGUAACGUAAGCGCGACGGGCUACGCCUACUCGGACCUUGGCGUUGCCGUGUACCCAGGUGCGCUCGGCGCCCCGGCCGAGAUUUAUGGGUCGGCCUUAGCGGCGUCGGCGUACGGGUCGGACGCGCUCUCAACCACGCAGUGCGUCCGGACCAUGGUGUCGAACCCCGUCUCCUGUCAGAAGGGGGGCAAGGCCACCGUCGCUAUGCUCGCUCCGGACCGCGCUGGGCCGCUGACGGUUAAAAACGACGACGCGGUUACAUGCGUGUCUUCGGGCGUCGGGAAGGCGACUAUCGUACUCGGCAGUAGUAGCAACAUGUUCGCCAGUAUAGUAAGUGGGCGGCUUGGGGUGGACCUUCAGCCGCCCACCUUUGCCGUCGUUUGUACCGUCGACACGACAGAUGCGUUUCGCUUCCGCAACGUUACCCUUAGCCUACGUGACGCCGCCGCUAUGGCCGGCACAAGCUUAGGCCGCCAGCUCAACGCCUCGUCGUCGGCCGGCAAUUGCGUCGAUUUCCGCGCCCAGGACAACCUCGGCCUCACCGGAAUCGCCGUUGCCGCGAACCACUACCCCUUUACAGAAAACAACUACUACGGCUUCCUCAACUCUAUGGACAUUUGCGUACAAAACAGUAAACCGCCUUACGCCUUCCCCAACUCCCGUAACAGUUUGGAAGACUGCCUGGGCCUAACCAUGGCUCUGGUGACAUCGCGCUUGAACUCGGCAACCGUGAGCGUGCCCGCGACCACCGUUCUUUCCGCGACCCGCGUCGGGAGCGGCAAAACCUUAGGUUUCGCCUACAUUAUCCCGCCCUUGUUCGCCGCCUUUGUCCUUGUCGCUUUAAUGCUAAAGAACGCGCGAGGGGCUUUCCGAUAUAAGGAUUCGGUGUUUUUAAAAGGUAUGUUGGGUAAAGUAUUUGAGAAAUUUAAAACAUAA